CCAGCUUUACUUCGUCGUCUUCAGCUUCUGUACAUUCUUGUUCAAUAUCCCUUCUCCUGCUGGCCAGGUCUUAAUUCAAUAUUAUAACCAUAGACCUCCAACUCACGCAUAUCACAAUGCCUUCUUUCAAGACUAUCAUAACAUUCACCCUCAUCGCUACUGCCCAGCUAGCAGCUAGCCACGGCGUUAUCACGGAAGCCACAGGUGAUGCUGGCGGAUCCGGUAUGGCCCUUGGCGUCGACACUUCAACGCCGCGGGAUGGGACCCGGCGACGGCCCUUCCAGCAAGACAGCACGCGGUUCCGGGGUGACCAAGCAGACACCUUCGGAGAGACCAUCGGAGCAGGCGACAACGACCUGGAGAAAGGGACGCAAGCGAUCCUGGCGGAGACCGGCGACCAGCUGCCGCAGAUCACGGCGGGCGGCGAGCUCACGAUGACGCCGCACCAGGUCAACGCGGACGGCGCUGGGCCUUACACGUGCAUGAUCAACGACGAUGGCACGGGUGCCAACUGGGACGACAUCGAGGUGACGCAGUCGCCGCCCGGCGACGACUCGCGCGACCGCGAUGGCAACGAGACGGAUUUCCCCCUCGUCGCGGCCAUCCCGGCCAAUCAGGAGUGCACCGGCACCGUGGCGGGCCAGGACAACGCGUGCUUAGUUCGGUGCCAGAACGGUGCUCGGGCCGGGCCUUUCGGUGGGGUCGUUCCGGUGCAGAGUGAGUCCCCCCUCCCCUUCCCUGCCCCCUAGCCUCAUUGAUUAUUUUUCAUUGGAGUAUUGGAGUAUGUAGUAGCAACAGAAUGGUCUAGCUCACAUGAUAUACAAAUAGUAUCUACUAGUAACACCACGUCUGCUGGCGCUGGAACUGCGCGCCGAAACCUUGCUCGGGCCAUGAAGAGGAGA